AUGGCUUUGCAUGCUCCAGUCAAUAACCAGCAGUCUCAGAUUCACCGUCUAAAUCUCCAUCAUCGAACCCAAAUUCAGCUCCGAAAUCUCUCUUUCAACAUCCCAAUCUCACAGUCUCGAGGCUUCUCCCUUCGUUAUCGCUCGAUUUCACAUCCUCUGUUGUUGCGCAGAUGUGUAUCGGAGAAGAUUUCGGGUUCUUUCAAUUCGGAUUCGGGUCGAAAUUAUGCAUCCGAACCACCGCAGAUCCCUCAACAAAAUAAUGUUUCUUUUGUGGAGGUCCUGAAGAAAUCAAAUUCUUUCCUGCCACAUGUAACUCUUGCUAGUACGCUGUUGGCUCUUGUCUUUCCACCUUCUUUCACAUGGUUUACCAACAGGUACUAUGCACCUGCCUUGGGGUUUUUGAUGUUUGCAGUGGGGGUUAAUUCCAGCGAAAAGGAUUUCCUCGAAGCUUUCAAGAGACCAACAGCUAUUCUUGCUGGUUAUAUUGGCCAAUUUCUUGUCAAGCCACUUCUUGGAUAUAUUUUUGGCAUUAUCUCAGUAGCAAUAUUUGGUCUUCCAACUCCAGUAGGUGCUGGAAUUAUGUUGGUAUCUUGUGUUAGCGGCGCCCAGCUCUCAAAUUAUGCUACUUUUCUGACGGACCCGCCAAUGGCCCCUCUAAGCAUUGUCAUGACAUCACUGUCUACUGCUACUGCAGUAUUCAUCACACCACUCUUAUCGCUCUUGCUCAUCGGAAAGAGACUGCCUGUUGAUGUAAAGGGAAUGGUGUCCAGCAUUCUGCAGAUUGUAGUUACACCAGUUGCUGCAGGGUUGCUUUUGAAUCGGUUCUUUCCCCGAAUAUGUGAUGCUAUUCGGCCAUUUUUGCCUCCGUUAUCUGUAUUAGUUACAGCUUGCUGUGUUGGAGCACCACUUGCCAUUAACAUUGAGUCUGUUAUGUCUCCUUUUGGACUAACCAUUUUGUUGCUGAUUAUCGCAUUCCAUUCGACUGCUUUUGUAGCUGGUUAUUUCCUUACUGGCAUGGUCUUUCAUAAGACACCUGAUGUCAAAUCACUACAAAGAACACUAUCCUAUGAGACAGGAAUGCAAAGCAGUCUUCUGGCCCUUGCCCUUGCAAACAGAUUUUUCCAAGAUCCACUUGUUGGAGUGCCUCCGGCCAUCUCUACUGUAAUCAUGUCUUUGAUGGGCUUCUCUCUUGUCAUGGUUUGGGCCAAAAGGAAAGAAUAA